GUCCCAUCAACAGCAGUCACACCACAAUCGGUUGCUCCAGCCAUGGCCCCAUACAUCUGCAGAAACCGAGUUACCACCCCCAUACAGGGAGUAUGCUGAUAGCACCCGAAUGUACGCAGGUCAAAGCACUACUCCGCAUGGUCAAAGUGUAAGCAGCGACGAAAUAAAGAAUGAGGAGACAUUCGUCGAGUCUACUCUACAAUGGAUUCCAUCACGGCCAUUGUCUCCUCGGGUACAGGGAGAACAACUUGAAAAACCCGUUGUCAUCCCACGCCUAGAUGUGGUAGGUGGUCUAAAGGCCCCUCUUCCGUUUCUUCGUGCAUACAGCCCUGUACUACACGCGCACGACAUUCAUGAGACCGAAUUCCUCGCGUUUAUUGACAACCUUACGGUUGCUCAGGCUGGAUCUCCUGUCUUCCAGGCAAUGAAUGUCGCUGGGAUGGGCGUAGGAUAUGUACCUCAUCAUUGGUUUCAAUUAGCGGGAAUUGGUAUCCAGGUGGCUGCUGGGGUAGGGACAGCAGCUGUUGCUACGAUUCGCACGAAGAAGUUUCUGGCAGUUUCAAACGAAAAGUUCUUUGCGCCCCGCGGGCUGAAAGUCUCUCUCAAGAAAGACCAAGAUGUCGCCUCCAUGGUUGGAUAUCCAUUGAGCCAGAGACUGCUAUCAUCAGCUCAAAUUGGGCCGAACACUAUCAUUGGGAUACGUGAUCGGCGCAUGGCCGUGUUGGCUCCAUACAUAGCUACGCUGACAACCGAUGUACCGCCGCCGACCAAGCAAAGAAAUAUUCUGGAUAGAAUAGCUGCUAAACAGAAGGAAAAGGAUCUCUACAAGGAAGCCUGCAAGUCACAAGCAAACAGUAACUCGAGCAACAGCGAUUCGAGUGAUAGUGAAUCGAGUAGUAGCGACUCUAGUAUCGCAAACGUCGAUAGUAAAAUUGCUAAACUCGAUCGUGAAAUCCAAACAAUCAACCGCAAAGCGGAUUCGGAGCUUCUACUACACGGCACUUCCAAAUCUGGAAGCAUUGAAGACAGGAGGUCCAAGGAACUAGCCAAGGUACAACGGAAGAAAGAUAGGUUGGAAAGGAAAUUGGUAAGGAGGACGAGGAAGACGGAGAGGAAGACGGAGAGGAAGGCGAGAAAGUCGGCAACCAAAAAACAAGAAAAAGAUUCCAAGCUGGAAAAGAAGGUAAAUAAGAUGGAGUACAUAGUUGUCGAACGUCUGCAUGUGCAGUAA